AUGGAUGCCAAACAAGAACAAAUUGGCAAGGAAUUGAAGGUUGCCAACGCCCAACAACAAAUUGGCAACAAAUUGAAGCAACAACCAACCGGCAAUAUGGAUGCCAAACAAGAACAAAUUGGCAAGGAAUUGAAGGUUGCCAACGCCCAACAACAAAUUGGCAACAAAUUGAAGACCGGAGGACAAUCAAUUGCAGAAAAUUGCAAUGUUGACACAGCCGUCGAAAGAGAUACUGCUGUUGUUUGGGAACAAGCAAAUGGGACUCUGAUGGAUGAUGACGCCCGUCAGCAACAAAGCUGCAAGAAACCCCCAAUUGCAAGUGAUAAAGAUGGUGUCAUUAUUCCAAAGAAAGGCAUUGACGGUGCCAUGGAAGAAAAGCAAAGUGUAGAUGAUGAUGACCGCUCCAACGAUACUAGCAUUUCUAAUUUAAAUUCAGACACCAAGGACAAUAGUUCUUUAAUGCUUUUAGACGACAAGGUGUCUAAAAUUUGGAUGGAUUGUUGCCAAGACAAAGAGUCUAUACCCCUACCCACACAACAGGACAAUAUGAAGCAAUCACCAGACUUGAAUCAGUCACAAUCAACCGUCUCAAUCAGUUGGAAUCAAAGCACUCUACCAACGUUGGCAGAAGUAUUGAAAAGACCUGUCCAACAGCCAGAGCAGAAUUUUGGAUUGGAGGCCAUGUGCUUUCUUCGCAACAUUGCCGACAGGUGGUUCCAAUUGCCACCCUCUGCGGUUCUUGACAACCAUAUCUCUUCAUGGAAACUUCAGAAGAAUGCUAGGGCAUGCUUUGGCUAUUUGUUCACACUUGUGCAGCAGAAAGACUUGGAAAACCGUAUCAAGACCAUGCAUGAGGAUAUGGUUGACCUGCGAAAAAAAUGGCAGACUACGGCUCAGGAAUACCACCGUGAAGCCAUGUUCUUUGACAUCAAGGUGGAGAAAACAUUUGUCCAGAAAUCAUGGGACCAACUUGAAUGCAUCUAUCUUUCAUACUGUAUCAUGAAGCACAUCCUUCAGAUUGCUACCUGCAGUUCGUUUGAUCGUCAAACCGCUGAAGACUGCCUCUACUUUUCUUUCAAUAUGGUGGUUAAUGAUGCCAGCCGUAAGCAUCAAAUUCUUGGCUUUUAUGCAUCCUUGUGCGUUCUUUUCCCAUCUGAAGCCCACAUUUUGGAGCACAAGGCCACAAUCAUCAAGUGGUGGGGAAAAAGGACAGAAGGCCAUGCAGCCCGCUCAUUCUACAAAUGGAUUCGAUCGGAGAAGUUUUCCACUAUCACAAAUGCCAAAACAACAACAAGAAUGAAAGAUGCUCUGGUCAAACUUGGGAAGUAUGUAUUCCCAGAGGUAGGAGCAAAGCAGAACAAUCUUCUAAUGGAUGAAUUUCACCUUUUACAACAAAGAAGCGACACGAAAAGAAGAAAGGGCUUGGGAACAAACAACAAGGCAGUUUCAAACGUGGAUAUUGAGUGGUGGUCGUUUCUGUGUGCCAAAGCCUUUACCAUGUAUCUCUACUGUGAACAAAAUAGCAAUUACAAAUUCCAUUUGGCCCAGACCGUCAAUGUGGCAGUAGGAAUUGAGCCGCCGCCCCGGCACCAGCUCUGUCAUCAUCAUCAUCAUCAUCAUCAUCAUCAUCAUCAUCCGUGUCACCUGCUUCAACACCUGCAAGCAAUGAUGUGA